AUGAUCCGUCCAAUCUUCUUCGUUCUGGCCUUUGCCGCCUACAGCGCUUAUGCUCUCCAGUGUCACCAAGUCACUGCUGGAAACCUGUCGAUUCCAGACACAUCCCAACGCCAGGUAACCCAGGAACUUUCAAUUUCUUCAACUCAUCAUUGCUUUUCAGGAAUGUAUGGUUGGAGCUCUCACCUGCCUCAAAGUCGUCGACUACUCCCGUGGAACCUACACCAAGCAAUAUGCAACUCCGCCCCACAGACUGGACUCAUCACCGCCUUCGGAAUCACUACCGCCCUCGUUUCCCUCGUCAAGUUCAUGGCAUAA